AUUAGAUUUAGCAAAAACCUUGCAGAGAGAGAGAUCGGCGAGAGAGAGAGAUCCUGUGUCUAGUUAUAGUUUGCAUUCGUAGAUACCCUAAUCCCCUCCCUCUUCGCUCGAUUCUAAUUUUGGUUAAUUAAUCCGUUAAUUACUUUCGUUAACGAUUUUUGUUUUAUAUAUAAUAUUGAAUCAAUCUCUUUCUCAACUCCUAGUCCAAAUUUUGGAAUGGCUACAACUGCCGAUUCUCCUUCCAGUCCCACACUUCACGGCAGCGGCGGUGGAGGAGAGAGUCCCCAGUUCCGGCGAAAUCUACCAUGGGCCCGAGUUGUUCGAGGUGAACCCGAAACAAACUCGGCCGUUGAUCAGUAUUCGUCAUCCACGACGUUUGCCGAUGCCGAUUGCCCUCCUCCUCCGAAGACGGCUUCUCCGUCGCCACCGCCGGAGAACGCCUCGUCCGGUGAGGGUUCCGAUGCCAACAGUGGCAAUGCGGUUCGGCCGAAGAAGCUGGCUUGGAACAAACCCUCGAACGGCGUCGUCGAGGUCGGACCCGUGAUGGGUGCGGUCUCUUGGCCCGCAUUAUCGGAGUCCACUAAGGCUUCGCCUAAAUCGUCAGCUGAUUCGGCUUCGAAGACUGUCGCCGAUGCAAUAGUCUCCAGUUCUCAGGGACCUGUUGCUCCACAUUCACCCCAGAAACAAGCUACUACUAAUGCAAACCCUAGUUCUACUACAAACCAUACAAUGCCUGCUCGACCAAGAUCUAUGAAGCGUGGCGGUGGUGGCAACAACAGGGGUGGGCCUGCACAAAGUGGCUUCAAUCAUCCUCCACCACCGCCUCCGCCACCGCCACCGCCGUUUCCUGUUUUCCAGCUACCUCCGAAUCGCUAUCCUAAUCUGGUACAGGCAGUGCCUGAUCCUUCUCAUCGAGAGUUUCCUUAUAGAGGCAAUAAUUGGGAAACCAGACCAGCUGGUGGGUUUGUGUCUCAAUCACAUUCUGUGAGUGAUCAUCGGAAUUCCUCCCGUAGGGGCAACUUUGGGCCCCACCAACGUGGAGAUGGUGCCUACCAUAACAAUCAUGGGGGCAGGCGUGAUCAAGAUCGUGGAAAUUAUGGGAAUGCCAGAGAUGUUCACUUGCAUCCAAGAGGUCCUCUGAGGGGCUUUGUGAGGCCUCCACCACCUAACACAGGUGGCUUUGUUACCCCUCCGCCUGUGAGACCCUUCGUGAACCACAUGGGUUAUCCCGAGUUUUACUAUAUACCUCCAGUGCCGAUGGAGCCCUUUAGGCCAUUCAUUCCUCACCCACCACCUCCUGCAUUGUUUAUUCCUGUUGCAGAACCUCCUCUGCCUACUCUGAUAUCCAACCAGAUAGAUUACUAUUUCAGCGAUGCUAAUUUGGUAAAAGAUGACUAUCUAAGGUCAAACAUGGAUGAUCAGGGCUGGGUUCCAAUCACUUUAAUAGCAAGCUUUCCUCGAGUUAAGAAUUUGACAACCAACAUCCAGUUGAUAUUGGAUUCCUUGAGAUCAUCGACUAUUGUGGAAGUACAGGAUGACAAGGUGAGGAGGCGUAAUGAGUGGAAGAAAUGGAUACCAGUGUCUGCUCUGCUUCCCUCUGAUUCAGGCUCGGUUUCUUCUAGUAAAUCAGGUGACGACACGAAUCAAAGUGGUGUGACUGGUAAGGCAGACCCCAACUCUGAGGCUGUUCAAGGAAGAUUUUUAACUGAGUCAAUUGGCCAUUCACAACUCUCGAAUGGGGAGGUUACUGAAAACACCUGCUCAAGCCAGAACUGAUUAAUAUGUUCCCCGCCCAAAAAAAAAAAAAAAAAAUUAAAAAAAAAAUUCAAGCAGUCAGGAUAGUGCACUUCUAUUUUUGAGAGUUUCUGGAGGACUGAGAAGUGAGGCUUAUGUUGAAGGUAUGGGAUCUUUUGUUUUGUUUACUCAGUCACAUAGACUGGUUUUGGCAGUUCUUUGAUGAGGCUAGUAGAGGAAUACAAAAUAAGAAUUAUCUAUAAAUUAUUGGCUUAAAGAUAAAGAAUGAAAAGAAAGUGAGACAAAGAGUACUUAGAUGAUUGGUUCAGGCAGAGGUUAUUGGGUUGUAUAGCUUGGUUUCGGUGUGAUGUUUGUCUUUUGGGUUUCUGGUGCUUUCUGGUGGCGUGGGUGGGUAAAACAUUUAGGAGAGCAAAACUUGGGAUGUUUCACCAUCAGCAUCUUCUGUGUCCAUGUCAAAUUCCUUUGUCUAGGGGGAACAGAGAAGGGGGAAUUUGAAUUGCAGAAAAUCAGUGCUUGGUUGUCAAGAGAAAGUGCAGUCAGACUUCGCUUGAAUUUCUCUCCUAUUUGUACUUCCCCAGACUUGUUAACUUUUUCUUUUCUUUUUUUUUUUUUUUUCAUAUAUUUUUUUAAUUUAUUAUUUAUUAGCAAAUACAUAAUUACAUUUGGUUACAUCUUUGAUGUACCUCUUUUUUCUUUUAGGAAUUUUGCAAAGGUUUUGUUGGAUGAUAAUAUUUAGGCUUAAAAUUUGUCAUGGAAGGUUGGAUCUACUUUUUGUUUUAAGUUGUUGUGAUUGACAUU